UUAGCCAAUCGAAUCUAUAAAAAGAAAUGUGUGUGUUGGCUUCAAAUUGUGUCUAUACGAAAACAAAUAUUUAUAUCAUCAUAAACGUAGGAUUAUUAGUUGGACCUGAGGUGUACUUUCUAUUGAUAUAACCUCAUGGGCCAAUAGAAGCUCAAAGCCCAAAAGAAACAUUACGUCUGAUUGUUCGGUUUGGUUGAGUCGGAUUUUGGUUUGAUUUUAUGAGGUUCAAGAAAAUCUUUCUUAUUGAUCAAUAAUUUCUUGCCCAUAAAAAAAACUCUGAAACCAAACUAACUAGAUAAAGAUAAGUUUCUUAAGAUAAAUUUAAUGAAAUAAAUACUUUUUGUAUAACUACGUUACGUAUAAUGUAAACUACUACAAUUAGAUAGUUGCCUAGGUAGAAUGAUUGGUUAAGUAAUUAUCACCUAUAUAUUUAAACUUAAGCGUGAAGGGUAUUUGAUUACAAAAACAACAAACCUAAAUCAUGACUUGUGUAAUUAUAGUUUUCUCCAUCAUGUAUAAUUUUAAAAAGCCAUAAUUGAUGCUUAAUUUACUCCACAUCAAUCAAACAUUAUUGAGAGAAACAUCAAUCAUAUGAUUCGUAUGUAUUUCUCUUGUAAAUAUAAAUGAACCCAUCGAUCAAAUAAUUUUCUAUCAUCACACUCACAAAACCAUUCCAAAAUAAUUCAUCAGGGAACUUAUAUAGGUUAUUAAUGGAGAGAAGAGAGGAGGAACAUUACUCGAACUACUUCGUCCAAAGCCCUUCAUCGGUUUUCCACGACCUAGAAUCCGAGUUCCAGUCCCCAUCCCAAUAUGACUCAGUGCCAUUGGUCUUAGUCCGCCUCGAUGAAACCCCUAAGCACUCAGAUUUCUUGAAAUACUCUGAAAGCAAAUGUGUCAUUGAGGAUGAUGAUGAGAAGAGGUUGAUGCCAUUGCGGAGCCCCAGUUCGGGUUGGUGGAUCGUGCUACAAAUAUUGUGGAGGUUUCUGUUUAGCUUUGGAGUGGCAUUGCUUGUCUUCUACAUUGCCACUCAGCCUCCUCAUCCUGACAUUUCUCUUAGAAUUGGAAGGAUCAAUCAGUUCAUAUUACAAGAAGGUGUGGAUUCACAUGGAGUGACGACUAUGUUACUCACUUUCAAUUGCACUACCAAUCUCAUAGUGGAUAACAAGUCUAAUGUCUUUGGCCUUCACAUUCAUCCUCCAUCUAUCAAAUUCUUCUUUGGCCCACUCAACUUUGCAAAGAUGAAAGGAACGAAAUUGUAUGCAUCAAGCCAUGAGUCAACAACGUUUCAGCUAUACAUAGGAACAAAGAACCAGGCAAUGUAUGGGGCAGGGAGAGAGAUGGCGGAUUUGCUUCAAUCAAAAGCUGGAUUGCCUCUAAUUUUACGGAUGAACCUAAUCUCUGACUUUCGAGUUGUCUGGAAUAUCAUAAACCCCAAGUACCAGCACAGUGUCGAGUGUUUAUUGUUUCUUUCAAACAGUGGGAGACACAACCAAGCUACAGUGGCAAGAGAAAAAUGUAGAUCGGUAUCUUAAUUUAUCAGAGAUUCUUUUUCCAAGAGGCAUUUAUAAGUACUGGAAUCAUGCAAAUGAGAUGCCAUGAUGAACUUGUAAUGGAAUUUUUCGUGUGUUUAUUUUAUGAUCAUGCUACA